AUGGCUGAACCACCACCACCACCUCCGGCAAAACGCGGUUCCAACGGCCGCCUACUUCACAAAACACUAGCCGCCACCGCCACCCUGGCAAACCUUCUCCCAACAGGCACGGUCCUUGCAUUCCAAGCUCUAUUACCAUCAUUCUCCAACGGCGGCGACUGCCAAAUCACAAACAAGUACCUCACCGCAUCGCUUAUCGUGUUCUGUGCCGACCUUUGCUUCCUCUCCUCCUUCACGGACAGCUUCACCGACUGCAACGGGAAGUUGUACUACGGUAUCGCCACCUUCAAGGGCCUGUACAUUUUCAACUGCAACGGCGAGGAGAGGGAGAGAGCGAAGGAUCUGGCGAGGUAUAAAAUCAGUUGCGUCGACUUCGUUCACGCCUUUAUGUCGCUGUUCGUGUUCUUGAUCUUCACUCUAAGCGAUUCGGAGGUGCAGGGGUGCCUUUUCCCUGGAGCUGGAGUUGAUGAGAAUGUGUUGGUGAUGAAUCUGCCGCUGGGGGCUGGCGUUUUGUCGAGCUUUCUGUUCGUUCUCUUCCCAACUACGCGGAGAGGGAUCGGGUAUGCCGACCUGACUCCCGGGGAAAGAUGA